AUGGCCCAGUUCCACGAUUAUGGAUUUGUUAUUCAAGUAUGUUGGACGCAGUAUACUGUCAAAAUUUGUUGGCUUUUUUCAAGCAUCAAACUUCAAUGGCAAUCGGGGAUAAAGGAUUGGAAAAAUUUAUCACAAAAGAUAAAAAUGCACAGUUCAUCCCAACAUCACAUUGAAGCCUGUGCGGUGCUCGAACUAUGGAAGAAAAAUAAAACCAUCGAUAAAAAAGCUGAAGAUGAAAUACGAUAUAGGGCAUCAUUUUGGCAGAUGGUUCUAGAACGAUUAUUCCACAUAACACUUAUGUUAUCAAAAAAUUCUUUGGCAUUUCGUGGUCACCUUGAAGGAUUUACUGAGGAUUAUUAUGGAAACUUUUUAUCACAAGUUCAAUUACUUUCUAACUACGACAGUGUCAUAAAACAAAUUUUAGAAAUGCCAUCUGGUUCAAUCCGAUACUUAAGUCCGACCACACAGAAUGAACUAAUACAUUGCCUGGGAAUAAAGUUAUUGAAUGACUUGUUUGCAAAUAUUAAUUCAUCACCAUUUUAUGCCCGAAUGUUAGACACAACACAAGACAUUACCAAGAGAGACCAAUUAAGUGUUAUAAUACGGCAUGUUCACAUUGUUAGAAAUGUAAAUCAAGAACCAACUUAUUUUAAAAUUACGGAAACAUUUUUAGGAUUUUAUGAAGUGAAGGACCAUUCAGCAGAGGGAUUGACUAAUCAAGUAUUGAAGUUAUUGAAAGAAUGA